UAUUGCUAAGUGUUGAGUACUUACAGAUGGUGUUGGCCAUGUGGGAAUUACGGAGACAGAAAGCUGGAUGGCCCUACUUAUACUUCAGCCGUGUAAUAACAGUUGAAACUUUUCUGCUGGUAGCAAGAGUGACUCUGGGAGUUUAUGCCAUCAUAUUCUUAUGGAACUCUUCCUUGAUUGAUGGUUUACGAAACACAAGUGAUGGCUAUGAUUGGUGGGAGUCCCCGCACGUACGCGUGCCAGGAUACUUUGUCUAUCCUUGUGUUAUUGCAGCAGCAUAUGGUGUGAUUGUCAGUAUUGAAGGAACUCUUUCUCAUUUCUCUGGUGAAGUACACGGCAAGUUGAUGGCUUGUACUGCCCUGAUGUCAGCAAUCUGUUAUGGAGGCUUGGCUGUUAUCACAUCUCCAGUGUUUCUUACGGUUAUUUUGGGACAUGACCCAAGGAGGGAAGGACUAUACUUGAUGAUCUUUGCAAUUUUGUUAAGCAUUGUUAGCUGCAUACAUGCCUUUGCUUGCAUGAUUUUCCCCAGUGGUAUUAGAACACCACCCAGGUUUAUCAAGAAGAUUGCUGAGGAGCUGUCGUCCUUUGAUUUCUCGAGGCUUAACUUGAAUGGUUUGGCAUCAUCAGCUGCAGUUACUCAUGGCAUUACGUUCCUGAACAAACAGCGAAGUUUAAACACCAAGGUCGAUCUUGUUUCUUUAACUGUUUCCAUCAUCGCAGUUAUACUCGUUAGUAUUGGAAUUGAUGCUCCAUACGGUUAUCAUUGGUCAGCUGUCAUGAUGAUAUGUGGGAAUGCCGCCAUCCUCUUCCGUACCAUACCUACACUGGUGGCAGAAAAAAUUUGCCAUCAGACAUUUGUUCUCCCUGAUGUGGUGAGGGCUUUGCACUUUUUCUUGGAAAAUCUUACCCUGUUCAUCAGUGCCAUAGGAAGCUGUAUCUCCUCAUGGUCUUCUGUGGAAGUUACUGCUGCUGUGAUCAAUAUAUUAUACAUAAUAGCCCAGGGCAUUUUUGCAUUUGUGAUAUACAAAAUGCAGAAAAACACUGAAAUUACUGGAGUAUCUGAGGACACCAAAGUGCUUACAGAGUCCAUGCCUGAAGAUGAACGAGUAAAUGAGUCGUGGCCUGAAGGUGGGCAGAUAAUAAAUGGUUUGGAACAAGGAAGUCUUUCUCAGUCUUAUGCUUAAGGCACUGCUGCAGCUUAUAAAAUUCUUACACCCCAAUUCAAAAUGGUAAGUGGGACUUAUACCACAGUGAAGUAAAUUUUAUAUUUUAGAAUAAAAAAUGGUACAGUAUUUUGAUGUGUUUUACAGAAAAACAUUUUGUUUUGUUCACUGUGUUGUACUUUUUUAAAUAACGUAUGAACCACUCAAUGACAGGUUCCUUAAAAACAUUUGUAGUAUUUUUAUAAUAGAAUUGAUGCACUUUUCACGCUUUAGUGUUCUGUUCAUGAAAAACUUUUCAUAAAUCAAAAUUUGUUAAUCAAAGCACAAUUUUCCAUUGACUCGUUAUAACAGUUGAGAUACGUUCUUAUUAGAAUGAAAAAUCCCCAAAAGUCUUAAAAUGCUACAUAAUAUGAGUUUAAUGAAAAUUUUUGGUGAACAGUACACAACAAUUAUUAGCCAACAACAAAAAUCAAGUGAAAUACAUGCAAUACACCUUUUCAUAACCAAAUGACAGAACACAUAUUGAAUGACAAUCUAAAAUAACUGUUCAUUCAUGCUAAUGGAAGUGAUUGACAUAAGUUAUGAAGUUGACAGACGUGAACAAUAAACCUACAGUCUACAUAUAGUAUG